GCCGGUUCCCAUGGAGACGGAGAAUGGCGGCCGCGGGUGAGCCUCGGGCCGCGGUCAGGGCCAGAGGUGCCAGCUGUAGGGAGCAGCGAUGCUGAGCUCCCAGCCCUGCGCCACGAGCUGCCCGCAGCGCUAGGGAUGCUGGGGCUGAAGGCUCAAGCCUCCGCCAAAGGAAGAUGCUCCAGACCAGCAACUACAGCUUGGUGCUGUUCCUGCAGUUUCUGCUGCUUUUCUACGACCUGUUUGUCAACUCCUUCUCAGAGCUGCUCCGCACAGCCCCUGCUGUCCAGCUUGUCCUUUUCAUCAUCCAGGACAUUGCCAUUCUCUUCAAUGUCAUCAUCAUCUUCCUCAUGUUCUUCAAUACCUUUGUCUUCCAAGCUGGACUGGUCAACCUUCUCUUCCACAAGUUCAAGGGGACCAUCCUACUGUCAGCAGCCUACCUGGCACUCAGCAUCUCUUUCCACAUCUGGAUCAUGAACCUGCGCUGGAGGGAUUCCAGCCGCUUCAUCUGGACCGAAGGCCUGCAGACACUGUUUGUUUUCCAGCGGCUGGCGGCGGUGCUCUACUGCUACUUCUACAAGAGGACUGCGGUGCACCUGGGCGACCCACUCUUCUACCAGGACUCGCUCUGGCUGCGCAAGGAGUUUGCUCACUUCCGCGGUUGAUGGCCCCGCUCCGACUUGCUGCCCCUCUGCAGCUCCUCACCUCGAGGGGACGGAGCCCAGAGGCUGGAGGGUCCCAGCCCCCCAGCUCCAGCCCAGCUGCAUUCCUCUUCUUCCUCGUGGUGAUCAGACCUCGUGCACUGGGAGCUGGCGGGGUGCUGCUGGCUGCGUGGGGGGAGGAUCCGUCCCGGUGUCACAGCCCCUGGUGGGAUCUGGGCGUUUUUGUGAGUAGGAAGGAAAUAAACUGUCUAUGUUUUCCA